CUGUAAUUUUGGCGGUAACGUGUAGCCUCCAGAAUGAGGGCGAUUUUCGUCGGCAACUUUGAGAACGAUACUCGGCAAUCGGAUUUGGAGCGGCUGUUCUCCAAGUUCGGGAAGGUUGAUCGUGUGGACAUGAAAACUGGAACUUGUUUACUAAGGGAAAAUGAACUGAGCUUCUAUCUGGGCUCGCCAACAUCACUGCCAAAAUUUUAAUUUGGAAAGGAAACCUUCCUGGUUGCCUGGUUCUGUACCACUACAUUCUCAGAUAGCAACAUCCUGCAUUUUCUUCACUCGCUCAUCCGUCACUCACCCACUCCUCCAUCGCUUAAAGUUGCCAUUUGACAAGAAUGGUCAUAGUUGGAUCAAUCAGAUAGCAACAUCCUGCAUUUUCUUCACUCGCUCAUCCGUCACUCACACACUCCAUCAUCGCUUAAAGUUGCCAUUUGACAAGAAUGGUCAUAGUUGGAUCAGUCAUUUGUCAUGCCAUGCUUUUCACCAGUUCACCACUGUUCUAGGAGAUUAUUGAACAUGCCUUCAAUCACUGAUAAUAGGGGGAACUUUGCUUUCUGUCAUGCCUUGUCUUCCAUUACUGAAACCGUGCUCUCUGAAUGGCGAAUCAUGCUUAGCAAUGACUUCUCAGACUUGAACCUUUGGAUUUAAACAUUUAUUAUGCAACCAUCAUCAUUUAGUUCAUCAUGCAAUGCCUCAACAGUCUUAUGUGCAUCAGCCCCUCACUAGCAGGUUUUGCUUUUGUGUAUCUUGAUAAUGAUCGGGAUGCUGAAGAUGCUAUCCAUCACCUUGAUGACAGGCCAUUUGGUUAUGACAGGCGCAGAUUAUCUGUGGAAUGGGCUAGGGGUGAACGUGGUCGUGAACGUGGUCAUCAUCUUGAUGGGUCUAAAUCUGUGGCAAACCAGAGGCCCACAAAAACCUUGUUUGUCAUCAACUUUGAUCCCCUUCGCACCCGGGUUUCGGAUAUUGAAAGACACUUUGACCCCUAUGGGAAGGUUCUUAAUGUCAGAAUUCGGCGGAACUUUGCAUUUGUGCAGUUUGACACUCAGGAAGAAGCUACCAAAGCCCUUCAGGCUACGCACUUGAGCAAGAUACUAGACCGAGUGGUUUCUGUUGAGUAUGCUCUGAGAGAUGAUGAUGAGAGAGGUGAGCGACGUUAUGAUAGUCCUAGAAGAGGCGGUUAUGGAAGGCAUGUGGAUAGUCCUUAUAGGAGGUCACCAAGUCCUGUGUAUCGCAGGCGUCCAAGUCCUGAUUAUGGUCGUGCCCGCAGCCCAGCUUAUGGUAGGUACAAUGGUCCAGUGUAUGACAGGCGCAGGAGUCCUGAUUAUGGAAGAAAUGUGAGUCCGGAAUAUGGCAGAUACCGCAGUCGCUCCCCUAUUCGAAGGUCAAGAACAUGAAGCCGGACUGAUUCAGUUGCAGUAGUGGGCUCAAGAUGUUACUCUGGUGGUUUUAGUAAUAGCUUUAGGUAGAAAGAGAAUGUUAUGAUAGUACUCGAGGUUCUUCUCGAUGUAUGUUAAUUAUAUGCCUAAUGGAUUCCUUUGAUUUCUAAGUUUGCCGGUAUUAUCACAUUAGUACCUCAGCUCUACUGUUUAAAUAAAUAUAUAUAAUGGUUUGGCUAGUAUUUUCCUUUAA